UUUGUGUUCUCUUGAAUUUUUUGGUGUAUGGAUUUGGAUUGUUAACACUGAUCUGAUUAAUAUAUUUUUCGAAAAUAAGCAAUACUGGAUGCGCCAGCUUCCAUAACGAAUGUGUGCUUACAUUUACACAAAAAUAUCCAAAGUGGUUUGGACCACAACUUUGACAAAAGGUGCAUACCCACAUACCCACUGAUUUAUCUCAAACAAUAGCCUUUAACCUAAACAAUAGGAUUCAUGAGCUAUUAAUUUCAAGUCCAUCGAUCUUAUUCAACAGAUAUUUUCUCCUACUUUUCAGUUUGAUUGAAUAGAACAUUGGGUAAAGUAUCUAGGCACCUAUAUAACCAUAAACAAUCACUGAUAUAUAUAAUAUUGUGUAAUAGUGCAAAACGAUAGUCAGCAUAAUUUCUUCUUGGUUGAUGAUCUCCCCAAAAAAUUGAAAAGAAAAUGAGCAAAGACAUGAAAGAAAUCUUGAGAAUCCCAAAAAGAACACCAAUAACUGAUGACUAUGAGAUAACCAAGCAAGUCUUAGGGCUUGGGAUUAAUGGUAAAGUUGUUGAAUGUUUCAAUCGUUCAACAAGAGAAAAAUUUGCAUUGAAGAUUCUCAUAGACAGUGUAAAAGCUAGAAGAGAAGUAGACCUGCAUUGGAGGGCCAGUGGCUGUCGUCACAUAGUAAAUAUCAUUGAUGUGUAUGAAAAUAAGUACCAUAACAAUACAUGUCUUCUUGUUGUUAUGGAAUGUAUGGAGGGAGGGGAACUCUUCCAGAGGAUACAGGAUAGGCCAGAUGGGGCAUUUACUGAAAGAGAGGCUGCCCAAGUAAUGCAUGAAAUAUGCAUAGCUGUUAAGUACCUUCAUGAUAAUGACAUUGCCCACAGAGAUUUGAAACCUGAAAAUUUGCUUUAUUCAAAAAAAGGUACUUAUGGUGUACUUAAGUUGACUGAUUUUGGAUUUGCCAAAGAGACCUUAGUGAAAGAUACCCUGCAGACACCAUGCUAUACACCUUAUUAUGUUGCACCUGAAGUUUUAGGGCCAGAAAAAUAUGACAAGAGCUGUGAUAUAUGGUCUUUAGGUGUGAUAAUGUACAUUUUGUUAUGUGGAUUUCCUCCAUUCUAUAGUAACCAUGGGCUGGCAAUAUCUCCAGGAAUGAAGAAAAGAAUCAGAAUGGGUCAGUACACAUUUCCAAAUCCUGAGUGGCAGAAUGUGAGUCAAGAUGCCAAAGACCUAAUCAAUGGUAUGCUCAACAUAGACCCAACCAAAAGAUUCACUAUUGACCAAGUAAUGAGCAACAGAUGGAUUGCACAAUACACAGCUGUUCCACAAACUCCACUACACACUAACAAGAUGCUGAAAGAGGGUGUGGAAAUGUGGCCAGAGGUUCAAGAAGAAAUGACCCGUUCAUUAGCAACUAUGAGAGUUGAUUAUGACCAAGUGCAAAUAAAAACUCUGGAAAACUCCAAUAAUCCUCUGUUGAAUAAGAGACGUAAGAAAAUGGCUGGCUCAGAGAAAGAAGUAUGAGUUAAAAAUAUGUUAUUUCAGAAAACUCAUUUCGUUUUUGGGUGAUGUGAUUAAAAUAUAUGUAAUAUUCAAUCUUAGUGUGUUAUAAGUGCAUUUAAGAAAAUUGUAUUCCUCAUUUUAUUCAUUCAUGUAAUCAUAAUUUUUUUGUAACAGUACUGGGAGCACUGAGGGAGGACAAAUAUUGUUGAACAGGUAGAAAGUUCCAUAGUGAUGAUAUCCUAAAUCUAUACUGAAUUGUAAUAUUUUACUUGACUAGAUAAAGGUACUGAAAAACCAAUUUAAAAUAUACCGGGUGUCCCUAGUUAUUGUCAUUAUUGCUUAUUUGACAAGAUAAUUAGAAAAUUAGAUUAAUGAAAUACCUUUGACAGCCCUGUAGCUACUCUCCACUUUUUUAAAUGGCAAACCCUAUAUUUUAUGAAUUUCCAUAUUUAUGCUCAAUGAGUGUGAGAGAAAGAAAUUUUGAUAUUGCUCCGUCAGACCCUGUAUCAUUGAAUUUGUUAUGAUAAUCCCUAACCGAUUAUGGAAUCAAAUACAGGGUGUGCCAUUUGUGAAUAAAAAGUGAGAGGUAGCUACCACAAAACUGUCAAAUGAAAUCAUUUUUUUUAUUUUCUAAUUAUCUUCAAAUAAUAUUCUUCAAAUUUGCAAUAUAAUUGAACAUAGGAAUUAUGAAAUUAGUUAUGAGAUUCUGGCAUAGGAUUCUGUAAGGUGAAUGGAAGGACAGUUACAGUGAAGUCCAUAUUGCUCAAGGUUUAGCAUUUUGGGUUGCAUGGAGAGUUUGAAGAAUAUUCCUACUACCCACCCAUUUGUUGAAUGUAAAAAAUCUAGUCUCAUAAUAUGUUGCAGGUACUUAUGCAAAUCAUCAUAGAUCAUGGAUAGUUCUGUAAGAU